CGGGGACUGAGGCGGAAGAGGCUGAGACCGCGCAAAAUGAGGGAAAACAAGAACAUGGUCGAGUCCCCUUCGCCGGCGGCGGGAAAAGAGAUGCCUGCAAAGAAACAGAAGUUGAGCAGCGAUGAGAACAGUAACCCCGAUCUGUCGGGAGACGAGAACGAUGACGCGGUCAGCGUUGAGAGCGGGACCAACGUGGAGCGCCCAGACACGCCCACCAACACAGCCAACGCCCCGGGCCGGAGGAGUUGGGGGAAGGGGAAGUGGAAGUCCAAAAAGUGCAGAUACUCCUUCAAGUGUGUGAACAGCCUCAGGGAGGACCACGGACAGCCCCUGUUCGGGGUUCAGUUCAACUGGCACAGCAAGGAGGGCGAUCCCCUGGUGUUCGCUACCGUGGGCAGCAACAGGGUGACCCUGUAUGAGUGCCACUCUCAGGGAGAGGUCCGACUGCUGCAGUCUUACGUUGACGCGGACGCAGAUGAGAACUUCUACACCUGCGCCUGGACCUUUGACACCAACACCAGCCACCCCCUGCUGGCCGUGGCGGGCUCCCGCGGAAUCAUCCGGAUCAUCAACCACAUCUCCAUGCAGUGCAUCAAGCACUAUGUAGGUCACGGAAACGCCAUCAACGAGCUCAAGUUCCACCCCCGCGACCCCAAUCUGCUGCUCUCAGUCAGCAAAGACCACGCCCUCCGCUUGUGGAACAUCCACACGGACACGCUGGUGGCCAUCCUGGGCGGUGUGGAGGGCCAUCGCGACGAGGUGCUGAGUGCCGACUUUGACCUGCUCGGGGAGAAGAUCAUGUCGUGUGGCAUGGACCACUCUCUGAAGCUGUGGCGUAUCGAUUCGGAGAGGAUGAAGAAAGCCAUCCGGGGAUCCUACGAGUACAACCCCUCCAAGACCAACAGGCCAUUCGUGUCGCAGAAGAUUCACUUCCCGGACUUCUCAACGCGAGACAUCCACAGGAACUACGUGGACUGUGUGCGCUGGCUGGGAGACCUGCUGCUCUCUAAGUCAUGUGAGAACGCCAUCGUGUGCUGGAAGCCGGGCAAGAUGGAGGACGACAUCGACCGCAUCAAGGCCAACGAGUCCAAUGUGACGGUGCUGGGCCGCUUCGAUUAUAGCCAGUGUGACAUCUGGUACAUGCGCUUCUCCAUGGACUUCUGGCAGAAGAUGCUCGCACUGGGGAACCAGGUGGGCAAGCUCUACGUCUGGGACCUGGAGGUGGAAGACCCCCACAAAGCCAAGUGCAUCACCCUGACCCUGCCCCGCUGCACCUCGGCCAUCCGCCAGACCAGCUUCAGCCGGGACAGCAGCAUCCUGAUCGCCGUGUGCGACGACGCCUCCAUCUGGCGCUGGGACCGCCAGCGCUGAGCUCCAUCCCUCCGCCACUUGCCACCUUCACCCGUUCAACCAUAGGGUCCCUGCCCUGUGCAGCCGCCACGGGGGUCGUUUCCCCAUGGGUCAGAAACAGUUGUUAUUUUUUAGCGUGUGUUAAAAAAUGUUUCGUUCAACAAACUGAUACCUGACCCUGGAUGAGUGUUGUCUUGGGAGGGGCUGUACCCCCUUCCCUUUGAGAAAGGGAAUUACGCGUCACAGAGCGCUAAACACAGGUCGCCCAUUUUCUGGCUAUUGAAAUAGACUGUUCAGGUGAGUUUGUCUCAAUAAAAUCCCCUUUUUCUUUCAUUAUGUACAUCUCGGUUUUUUUCAUUUGCUGUAGAAUAUCUUCGCUAGCAGACACGCGUCCAACCGUCUUGCUCUGAAAGGAGCAAAUCGCAACCGCUAUACACCCAAGAGUUACAAAUACCAUGUAAAACUACUCCCUCUUUUUUAUCAAACAAUGACGCAAUAAUAGACUAUGCUAAACCUGAAUACGUCCUCUGGUUCAUUCUCCUCCGUCUUGAUUGUACAACCCCAUGAAGAUCAGUCUGUCCACAAAGAGACUUCCUGUUUAUCAGAAUGAUGGAAGAACAGGAAUGUUUUUAUGUCACACGCAAAGGAAAUAUUUGUUGAUAAUAUUCGACAUUCAGGCCUGACCUGCAUUCCACUCACAGUAUUUUAGUCAUGGGUUUGCUUCCCUUUUGCUUUUGCUUCUCUAGAAUCCAGAAGUAAGUUUUGGGAGUUUCCAAACAUGUGUUUAAAUCUGUCACACCUACAUUCGUUGGCAAGCAAUUGCUUUCAAUUUGUUAUGUUUUGCUUGGAGGUCCUCAUGAUACAAUAUAAAGUCAAUGUUUUGCAUUGUCUCUUGUGUGUCACUUUACUAAUAACAUGUAUCUUCUGUGAUUUUGACUUCAAAUAAAACCUAUUUUUCUA